UUUCCUCGGGGCCCCCGUGUGUGUAUGGACGAGAGUGUAUCAGAAAAAGAAUAGCAGAGAGAGAGGGAGAGACUAGAGUGAAGUAAUUCAAGUUUUCCUUUAAACCACUUCGGAGUUCAGAAUCAGAGGAGCUACGUCUGUAUACGUGUGUUCGCGCACCAUAACCCCCCCAUCUACACAGUUUAUUUCGGGGUUGCAAACGGAUUAUUAUGCGGUGGGGGAAAAACAGUGGAAUCUGAAUCCGGCCAGGAUUAUAUGGGAAUAUUUCGGGGUGAAGCAACUCCAUCGAUGUGCGGUGAGAAGGAUUCUAGAGCAAAGGAUCUAAGGGUGCACAAAGUCCAAGAAAAAUAAAAACUUGUCUAACGCGCUAUAGUCUUGUUAUAGCCUAGUCGUUGGGAGCGUAGAUGAGGGCUUGUUGUUCCGAAGAGAGUAUUGGGGAAAUUGUAGUUACGUUUUAAUUCAGUUGGUGGGCUUUAGGGUUAUUGGAGAUAGACCAGUAAAUUAAUUUUAACGUUGUGAUAGUGUUACACUUGUCUUUGUUUAAUGCAAUAUACAACCGUAAAUUACAUUCUAAUGCUGCGGGUAGGUCAUAAAUCUACGACCCAGGGCUGCGCAUGUAGUGCGCGCCGUUCACAAAACCUUGAUGUUGUGCGGAGACCAUAAAUCCAUGUGGAAUCCUCACAGACCUGGACGGGAACAAUACGACACAUCCAAAACUGUCUAAGUUGUCGUAUGUUCAGGUCGAAACGCUCAGGUCUUGUACGGCGACUCUGGAGAAGCCGUUUAAUCCCAGACAGAGACGGGGGAGAUGGGAGAAGCAAACGAAGCGAGUGGGGUCGGGACGGUUCAAGUGGCAGUAACCCAGAGAAAAUUCCCAAAACGGAUCUCGAAUCGGUGACCCGUGCCUCGCCAUCUCCGGGAUUUGUCGACAUAGUGUGCACCACAAACCUCACGGGCAACACAGAGUCCGCGCCCGGGGGCAAUUCGGACCGUGGUCGGGGGGAUGCGACGUGUGUUCCCGUCCCCCAGCACCGAGGUUCUUUGCCAGAACAUGAGAAUGACAGUAGAACGGUGACUUGCUGUUUGUUUCGGGACAGGGACCCUGGACCUCGGAGCCCCGUGUUGACCCGGGGUUUUCGAAACUCUAGUCUCCGGGAUGGAAGUAUCCUCUUGGGGCGGGAUGGGAACACUGGCUCGGUGGCCGAGCAAGAACUGAAGAACGUGACCUAUGCGCUUUUGAAAAGACUUAAGGAGAAACCGCUGGAUUCCUUGUUGGAAGCGGUCGAGUCGAAAGGAGGGAUGACCAGUGAUUGUGUUCUGAUCCCCCGGACGGAUAUGCGUUUAGGUGGCCACGCAGCAUCUCCCCCGUUCCUGCUCUGUAAACUCUACCGCUGGACUGACCUGCAACACUCCACACAACUCAAGGCUCUGUGCCAUUGUCAAAGCUUUGGAGAAUCGGAUAGCAGUGUAGCGGUGUGCUGCAACCCAUAUCACUACAGUCUUUUGUGUGGGCCAGAAUCUCCACCACCUCCUUACUCUCGACUGUCUCCUUCAGAUGAACACAAGCCACUGGAUCUAUCAGAUUCAACCCUUUCAACUCUGUCGUACACUGAAACUGGGGGCCCCCACUCCCCCGACGUCGCUCCUAGACCCUUCACAGACACCGGUACCUCCGUGGGUUCCUCGUCCUCCUGCGGGCGACACUCCCACUGGUGCAGCGUGGCCUACUGGGAGCAGAGGACGCGGGUGGGCCGCCUGUACCCGACCCACGAGCCCUCGCUCAGCAUCUUCUACGACCUACCUCAGGGCACGGGCCUCUGCCUGGGCCAGCUCGGGGCUGUCGCUGACGGAGGCGACGGUCGCCGCGACAACGCCGGCGGCGCGGGCGGCUGCGUCCGACGGACGCGCGGCAAAAUCGGCCACGGGAUCGUCCUGAGCCGGGAGCCCGACGGCGUCUGGGUGUACAACCGCAGCGAGCACCCCGUCUUCGUCCACUCGCCCACCCUGGACCCGCCCAACCUGGCGAGGGGCCUGGCGGUGAGGCGCGUCAUGCCGGGCUACUCGCUCAAAGUGUUUGACUAUGAGAAGUCCAGCUGGAUCCUGCAGCAGGGCAUAGAGCCCCCUGGUGGACUGGAGGGCCCCUACGACCCCAACAGUGUCAGGAUCAGCUUCGCCAAGGGCUGGGGCCCCUGCUACUCCCGGCAGUUCAUCACCUCCUGUCCCUGUUGGGUGGAGGUGCUCCUCAAUACCCACAGAUAGCACACGGACACACGGGUGGAUGAGGAGGACGGGGACACACACACACACACACACACACACACACAAACAGGUGCUCUACGGCAUUAACUGUGCAUUUACAAAAUAAAGAUACACACAGUAAACAUAGUUGGUCAUUACACACACACACACACACACACACACACACAGCUAUCUCAACCAACUAUCCCAAAUAUAAUCUACCUAGAUUUAAUAUAAAGUUUUAUAUAUUAUAUGAAAUAUAUUAUACUUGUAAAUACUGAGUCAUUUUUACAAUGUAAUUAUUUAUGUAUAGUGUAAUGUGUAUAUGGACGAAAUAAAAAAGGAACAGAAUUAUGCACUUUGGAUUCUAUAUAUGUAUUAUAGAGUUUCUCAAUGCCUUUUGAAAAAAAAAAUGUAUACUGCAAAAAAAAAUAACAAUAGGAAACCCCUGGUUUUAGUCAUAUUUUAUCAAUUACCUGAAAAGUUAUGCCAUUCACACAUUGACAAUAAAGUACUCGUAUUAUAUGAA